AUGGCCGCCGUUCCCCAAUGUCACUUCUGCUUCGAAACGCUCGCGUCCCACCUCGAGAACCGCAAGUCGCUCACUCUUGCUCAAAUCGAGGCUCUAUAUAAACAGCGGAGUUCCAGCACCAACGGCGUGAGUUCUAAUGGGACAACAAAUGGCACAUACACAAACGGAGUGGCGGCUACAUCACAUCCCGACAGGCCACUGUUCGUGACUUGGAACAAGAUCUCUAGAUCUGGGAGCAAGAAUCUCCGGGGUUGUAUUGGCACAUUUGAGGCUCAACCUCUUGAAUACGGACUCAAAAGCUAUGCUCUUACUGCAGCACUUGAUGACACACGUUUCUCUCCAAUCUCGCUCAAAGAGCUUCCGUCGCUCGAGUGUGGCGUGACACUACUCACAGAUUUCGAGGCUGCCUCCUCAAGUAUGGACUGGACACUCGGGACACACGGGUUAAGGAUAAGUUUUGUUUAUCAUGGGAGAAAGAUGGGGGCUACUUAUUUACCCGAUGUGCCUGUUGAACAAGGGUGGACUAAGGAAGAGACUGUAGCGAGCUUGAUGAGAAAAGCAGGGUGGACUGGUAGAAAGGAGGAGUGGGAGAAAGUCAAGUUGAACGUAGUUAGGUAUAAAGGGACUAAGGCGACAGUGAGCUAUGAGGAAUAUCACGAAUUGAUCGGUGGGGCAAGUGAGCUAAAGAGGACUGGAGGCUUGGACGAUGACGAUAACGAAGAGGAAGAGGAGGAUGAGGAGAGCGAAGAGGAGGAUUAA